AUGGCUUCAAAACAAAGCAUGAUUCCUAUAGUGAGCAAGGCCUUUUGUUCAUUAUCUGAGGUAGUUCUUGUUGUUCGAAGAAGGCCACAUGUGGUAAAUGGAGGAGGAUUUGUGGUUACAGAUUGUAAACAAAGAGCCAUUUUUAGUGUUGAUGGCUGUGGAAUUCUUGGCAAAAAAGAAGAGCUUAUUCUCAGGGAUGCUAAUGGAAAUCCUUUGCUGCUUAUACGACGAAAGGGAGGUAUAGUUGAAGCACUUAGUAUCACAAGGACAUGGAAAGGGUACAAAAAUGACUUUUUAGGGUCUCAAAAGCUGGUAUUCACCUUGAAAGAGCCUAAUACUUUGUGUCUAUCAAACAAAAAUUCCAUUAGAAUCUCUAUUGAGUCAAAAGAGUUGAGCAAUUAUGGCAACUUUGAGAUCAGAGGUGACUUCUCUGAUAAAGAUUGCAGCAUUGUCAAUUCCAGGGGCGACGCAAUUGCACAGGUUGGUGUUCAGGAGGAGCUGGAGCAAGUGAUGACAAGCAAGGAUCUAUACCAUGUUUCGAUAAAGCCAGGAAUCGAUCAGGCAUUUGUUUUUGGAGUGAUUGCUAUUCUCGACUAUAUAUAUGAUGGAUCUACCAGAUGCUAG